AUGGCCAGAGGCUGCUGACAGCAUCUGAGGAUGGCUGUGUGUAUGGCUGGGAGACCCAGAGCGGGCAGCUGCUGUGGAGGCUGAGUGGCCACGCAGAUCUUGCUGUGUCCUGUUCCACCAUGACCCCUCUCCAACUUCGUAUCUGCAGGUCACCGGCGGAGUGUGGAGACGGUCAGCUUCAGCCCUGACUCAAAGCAGCUGGCAUCGGGGAUGCUCUGGGAAGUGCAGUCUGGCCAGAUGCUGCGCCACUUGGGAGGGCACCAAGACGCCAUCCAGAGCAGUGACUUCGCACCCAGCUCAGACUUCCUGGCCACUGGCUCCUGGGACUCCACUAUUUGCAUCUGGGACCUGCGGAUGGAGACCCCGGUGAUCUUCCCCCAUGAGCUGGAGGGCCACAGUGGUAACAUCAGCUGCCUGUGCUACUCGGCAUCCGGCCUCCUGGCUUCUGGCUCCUGGGAUAAGACUAUCCACAUCUGGAAGCCCUCUACCAGAAGCCUGCUUGUUCAGCUCAAGGGCCAUGUUACCUGGGUGAAGAGCAUAGCUUUCUCCCCGGAUGAGUCACAGCUGGCCAGCGCGGGCUACUCCCGCACGGUCAAAGUCUGGGACUGCAACACAGGAAAAUGCAUUGAGACCCUGAAGGGAGUCCUGGAUGUGGCCCAUGCUUGCGCCUUCACCCCAGAUGGGAAACUCUUAGUGUCCGGAGCUGCUGAUUAAGCAAGAUGCCGAGCG